CUUUUAAUUUUGUUUGUUGCCCAGUAAACCUUGUCUCAAAUAUCAACUUAUAUUCCUUCGUCAAGAAAACAAAUUGUGAUUAAAACUCAAGGUGUUAUUCGGUGUGUGGUGAACAAUCUUUAAUUAGUAAUUCUGCGGCAGAUAAUAGCUACUUCUGAGGAUCUAUAAAAGUGGGCUAGGCUUUAUGCGUCCGAGACUUCAAGACCUUUUGACUCUCUAAAGGCAUUUUUCUCAGUUAACAUUUGACUUCCGGAGCUUCAACAGUGAUUACGAAUUUUUCUUUAAAAGAAAUUUACCGAUCAUCAUGAUUCGCAUUCUUACCAAUAACUACAAGUCCAGUCUGCGGCGUACUGCCCGCAUCAGCAGUCACCUUUGGCAGGCGCGCACCUAUGCCAAGGACGUAAAGUUCGGGCCCGAGGUGCGGGCUAUGAUGCUCCAGGGUGUGGACGUCCUAGCCGAUGCCGUGGCAGUCACCAUGGGUCCCAAGGGCCGUAACGUGAUCAUCGAGCAGAGCUGGGGCUCGCCUAAGAUCACCAAGGACGGCGUGACGGUGGCAAAGUCCAUUGCCCUAAAGGAUAAAUUCCAAAAUAUCGGGGCCAAGCUGGUGCAAGAUGUGGCCAACAACACAAACGAGGAGGCCGGCGAUGGCACCACCACAGCCACCGUCCUGGCACGCGCCAUCGCCAAGGAGGGCUUCGAGAAGAUCUCCCGCGGUGCCAAUCCCGUGGAGAUUCGCCGCGGCGUCAUGCUGGCCAUCGAGACGGUCAAGGAAAAUCUGCGGAAAAUGUCGCGUCCCGUCAGCACGCCCGAGGAGAUCCACCAGGUGGCCACCAUAUCGGCGAAUGGAGACAAGUCCGUUGGCAACCUGAUCAGUGAGGCCAUCGAGAAGGUGGGCCGCGACGGCGUCAUCACCGUCAAGGAUGGCAAGACGCUCUGCGACGAGCUGGAGGUGAUCGAGGGCAUGAAAUUCGAUCGCGGCUACAUUUCGCCGUACUUUAUCAACGUCGCCAAGGGGGCCAAGGUCGAGUUCCAGGACGCCCUGCUGCUCUUCUCCCAGAAGAAGAUCAAGUCGGCGACGAGCAUCGUGCCGGCCUUGGAACUGGCCAACGCCCAGCGGAAGCCGCUGGUCAUCAUUGCCGAGGAUGUAGAGGGCGAAGCCCUGAGCACAAUGGUGGUGAAUCGCCUGAAGGUUGGCCUGCAGGUGUGCGCCGUGAAGGCGCCCGGUUUCGGGGACAAUCGCAACGAUACACUGUCGGACAUGGCCAUAGCCACCGGCGGCAUCGUGUUUGGCGACGAGGCCAACCUGGUGCGGCUGGAGGACAUCAAGCUAAGCGACUUUGGACGCGUGGGCGAAGUGGUGGUCACCAAGGAUGACACAAUGCUGCUCAAGGGCAAUGGCCAGAAGGAGGACGUAGAAAAGCGCGUGGAGCACCUGCGCGACUCCAUCAAGGAGUCCACCAACAACUACGAAAAGGAGAAGAUGCAGGAGCGGCUGGCCCAUCUCUCCUCGGGCGUGGCCCUUCUCCGGGUGGGCGGUUCCAGCGAUGUGGAGGUGAGCGAGAAAAAGGACCGUGUCAACGACGCCCUCAACGCCACCCGGGCGGCCGUGGAGGAGGGCAUCGUGCCCGGCGGCGGCACUGCUCUGCUGCGCUGCAUCCAGAAGCUGAACGACAUUCGGGGCUCCAACGAGGAUCAGAACAUGGGAAUCGAGAUCAUAAAACGGGCCCUGCGCAUGCCCUGCCUCACUAUAGCCAAGAACGCGGGCGUUGACGGUGCCAUGGUUGUGGCCAAGGUGGAGAUCCUGGACGGCGACUACGGCUACGAUGCGCUGAAGGGCGAGUUCGGCAAUAUGAUUGAGCGCGGCAUCAUCGACCCCACCAAGGUGGUGCGCACCGCCAUCACAGAUGCCGCCGGUGUUGCCUCGCUUCUGACCACCGCCGAGGCUGUGGUCACAGAGAUGCCGCUGGAGGAUGCUGCUGCUGCAGGAGCGGCUCUGGGCGGACUUGGCGGAAUGGGAGGAAUGGGCGGAAUGGGUGGGCUAGGCAUGUAGGUGAACAUGGAAAGCCAUUUCAGAAGUUUCGUCAUUUGUUUUUAACACAAUCAACCAAAUUGAAGACGCGGGACCACAUUAGACUAACCCUUCCGAAGUAAUAUUAUUUGUCAUAGCUGUAAAUUUCAAAUCCCGAGUUGACCACAGUUCCAGGCAUAAGUUACAAUCGAGUGCCUUGAAAAGCCUUGAAUUUUCAAUAAAUAAGCACUAUAAUAAGAGUGAUGUGCUUAGCCUUUAAAAAAUA